GUGUGCUCUGUCCAGCAGUCUGAUGCUGGUUAUGGAAGCAUGUACUGAGAAGAAGCACUGGACAGAGACAUCGCAGCAUUGCUGAGGUCUACAGCUGCUUUCCACUUGGGCUGUCUGCUGAAACAAAGCUUGUUCUUGUCUUACAACCACUAACUGCUGCUGGCACAUUCACUAGCCAGGGAGGCAGAACUCAGAAGACAAGGCUUGGCUAUAAAUCUUCAUUUCUAAGACACUCACAUCUGCUAAAGUUUGAAAUGGCCCUAAUUAUGGAACCAGUGAGUAAGUGGUCUCCAAGUCAAGUAGUGGACUGGAUGAAAGGUUUGGAUGACUGCCUGCAACAGUAUAUAAAAAAUUUUGAACGGGAGAAGAUUGCGGGUGACCAAUUGCUCCGUAUUACUCAUCAAGAGCUAGAAGAGCUGGGAGUCACUAGGAUUGGACACCAAGAACUUAUUCUUGAAGCUGUUGACCUGUUAUGUGCACUGAAUUAUGGUUUAGAAACUGAAAACCUGAAGACACUUUCCCACAAAUUAAAUUCUUCUGCCAAAAAUCUACAGAAUUUUAUAACUGGAAGGAGGAGAAGCGGCCAUUAUGAUGGCAAAAGUAGCAGAAAGUUACCAAACGACUUUCUGACUUCUGUUGUGGAUCUUAUUGGGUCAGCCAAAAGCCUACUAGCUUGGUUGGACAGGUAUUGCCACGCUGAUCAGGAUGACAUUGAUAACCUUAAAAAAAGAUGGAUAGGGCAUAAACUGGAUAAAUCCCCUUUUGCUGCUGUUACAGAUUACUCUGUUACAAGAAAUAACGUUAUUCAGCUCUGCCUGGAGUUAACAACAAUUGUUCAACAGGAAUGCACAGUAUAUGAAACCGAAAACAAAAUUCUUCAUGUGUGUAAAACCCUCUCGGGGGUUUGUGAUCAUAUCAUUUCUCUAUCAUCGGAUCCACUGGUUUCUCAGUCUGCUCAUCUGGAAGUGAUUCAGCUAUCCAACAUCAAACCAAGCGAAGGGCUGGGUAUGUACAUUAAAUCCACGUAUGAUGGACUUCAUGUGAUCACUGGAACAACAGAAAAUUCUCCUGCUGAUCGAUGUAAGAAGAUCCAUGCAGGGGAUGAAGUGAUCCAAGUGAACCAUCAAACUGUGGUGGGGUGGCAGUUGAAAAAUUUGGUGAAUGCACUACGAGAGGACCCGAGUGGUGUUAUCUUAACUUUGAAAAAGCGACCUCAGAGCAUGCUAACCUCAGCUCCAGCUUUACUGAAAAAUAUGAGAUGGAAGCCUCUUGCUCUGCAGUGGUAUGAUGAUGAAAUGAAAACUUAUUCCUGGACACGUUUAUCACCCCUUAUUCCGAGAAGUCCCACAAGCAGCGUUGCUACACCUUCGAGCACAAUCAGCACACCUACUAAAAGAGACAGCUCCGCUCUGCAGGACCUCUUCAUACCCCCACCCCCUGCUGAGCCCUACACACCCAGGGACGAGAAGGGAAACUUGCCUUGUGAUGAUGUAAGCCGGCAUGUUGUGGGAAAACCAGUCUCUAAGGGGUCAGAGUCGCCAAACUCAUUUCUGGACCAAGAAUAUAGAAAACACUUCAACGUAGUAGAAGAGGAUGCAGUCCUUUACUGCUAUGAAUACGACAAAGGAAGGAGCAGCAUACAAGGUCGGAGAGAAAGCACACCGUCAUACGGUAAACUGCGCCCAAUCUCGAUGCCUGUCGAGUAUAACUGGGUCGGGGACUAUGAAGAUCCCAACAAAAUGAAGAGGGACAGUCGAAGAGAAAGUUCACUGCUCCGAUACAUGAGCAAUGACAAAAUUAUCCAAGAGGAAUAUAUGUUACAACAGAGAAGUACUAAAAAGGAAACUGGGAAAAAAUCAAAAAAGAAAGGGGACAAGAACACCAGUCCCAGCCAUUACGCUCUGCUUCCUGGAGCUCAGAUGGAUUCACUGCGUCAGGAAGCGAUCAGUCCGUCGGUGUCAGACGCGGCCUCUUACCAUACUUUCCAGCAAUCGCAAUCAUCUUUACAACAUAAAUCUAAGAAGAGGAACAAAGGACCUGUUCCUGGCAAGAGCAAAAGGCGCAUAUCAUGCAAGGACUUGGGUCGUGGUGAUUGUGAGGGAUGGCUUUGGAAAAAGAAAGAUGCAAAGAGCUACUUCUCUCAAAAGUGGAAAAAAUAUUGGUUUGUUCUGAAGGACACAUCUCUCUAUUGGUAUACAAAUGAGGAGGAAGAAAAGGCAGAAGGGUUUAUUAGUCUACCUGAAUUUAAAAUUGAUCGAGCCAGCGAAUGCCGCAAGAAAUUUGCAUUUAAAGCUUGCCAUCCGAAGAUCAAAAGCUUUUAUUUUGCUGCUGACAAUUUAGAUGAUAUGAACAGGUGGCUUAACAGAGUUAACUUGGCUGCUUCUGGCUACGCGGAGCAGGAAAGGGCUAAACAGGACCAAGGUAGUUUAAAUUAUUGGAGUGAGAGUGAUCAGGAAGAGGUGGACACACCAUCAACACCAAAACAAGAUAGUCCUCCGCCUCCGUAUGACACGUACCCAAGGCCGGCCUCGAUGAGUUGUGCCAGCCCUUUUGUGGAACCCAAGCACAACAGGCUGUCUUCUACAGAAACAUCUCAAUCCCAGUCAUCUCAUGAGGAAUAUCGGCAAGAAGCUGCAGGAAGCACUACAGAUUCUCCUCUACGAAAAACUGCCAGUCAGCGACGUUCCUGGCAGGAUUUGAUUGAGACUCCAUUAACCAGCUCAGGACUUCAUUACCUCCAAACGCUUCCUCUUGAGGACUCUGUGUUCUCUGAUCCAACUGUUGCCUCUCCAGAUCACAGACGACAGUCUACGCUUCCAGCUCAAAAGUGCCACCUACAAGAUCAUUAUGGGGACUUACCUUUGAAUGAGGGAAAUAGAUUACAGGUAGCCAGUGGCCGUGGAGCAAAACCACGCAGUUUUACACUACCACGAGAUGCUGGCUUAAGUCAUUGUGCGCCGCUGUCUCCUGUCAACAUUCUGGAACCAACUGAGUCCUCUCCAAAGCAGGAAACACGACUGGAACAAGCUGCCAAGGAACCAGCAAAAGCAGAGGAUGCAAACAUUGUAAACGAGAAGCAAGCAGACUCAUUACAAGAUCUCUACAGGGCCCUGGAGCAGGCAAGUUUGUCCCCACUUGGAGAUCGACGACUUUCAACCAAAGUGGAGUACAAGAAGUCAUUUAUAAAAAGAUGUAGUGAUCCGGUAGUCAAUGAAAAACUUCACAGACUGCGAAUUUUGAAAAGCACUUUAAAGGCCAAAGAAGGAGAGGUAGCUAUUAUUGAUAAGGUUCUGGAGAAUCCAGAUUUGACAUCUAAGGACUUUCAAGAAUGGAAGCAACUUUACCUGGACCUUUUUUCAGACAUCUGUCAAAAAAGUAACACGAAGGACUGUGAAAGUGUCUCCUCCGAAGUAGACGCCCUUAUUCAGUCUCUAGCACACACGCAUUCAUAUAUUGAAACGCAUGUAUAAUUGUCUUUAUCCCUGGAAAAAUUUGAAGUUUUCUAUUAAUAUAUGGAAAGUCUGCUAAAAAUCUAUUUUAAUGUUGCUGAUCUAAGUGGAGUAAAUCUUAAAUGGUAUUGCCAGUAUCUCUUAUUGGCAUUUGUAUAUUUUCUAUGCUAUUAGUGCUCAGUUUUGUGUUAAUCUUGUGGUUAAAAAGAAA